UGAAGGGUGAGAUUGGUCAGUGUCACCACUUAGUCAACCUUCACCUGUUUUCACGUGAAAGACUCUGCGCCGAACGCGAAUCUUGCCACUUUCUUCGCUCCACCCAGACUCCCAAAUAAUGCUUCCACCGCCGUGAUGGAUCUCGAAACUCAUUCCGACGAUCGUACUCGUCGGGCCGCCAGCGUGCUAUCUAUGGACGACCUCGAGGCCGCGCAAGCUCUUGAGGGCCUUCGCACAGAAUACGGACAGUCACCACUAGCAUCGCGGCAAACCAUACCGGGAACAACGCCGAACUCUUCACAAGCUGCGGAGCCGCUGCUCUCACUGCUAACGUCGUCGCAUCCACUCAUAUCCUCUGCUAUCAACGGCUCAGUGUCUGCAUACACCACCUCCAAGUCCUACUCCGCACGCUUCAAGUCUAGCGCCGAGUUUAUCGAGCGCAAUAUCGGCUCACCUGUCGCGAAUACGGUGGGCACUGUUGGCCGCAAGACCGGUGUUGAAAGUGGUCUGCGCUGGGCGCUGCAACGACGAGAAUCUCCACAGGACUCGAAUCCUACCAAUAAGCGCCGCAAGGUGUCCGAAACCACGCCGGAUAUGGAUGUUGAGAAGGGCCCAGAGGAUGCGAUGAUCCAGAGCCGACCACGAACACGAAGUUCUUCCGAUCUGUCGAUGGCUGAGACGCUUCCACCUUAUGACGAUGCACGGUCACCUCGGUAUGAGGAGAAACAAGUGCGACAGAAUCCGACAUGGCAGAGCCGACUGGUCAUUUCAACCUCGGGUUUAGGUGUUGCGAUGAGCGAGGAGUCACUACGUAGCUUGACCUAUUGUUUGACCUGGCUGCGCUGGGCAAACGGGAGACUCGGCAAGGCUAUCGUGGCGCUUCAGAAUGCUUUAACAGAGUGGGACUCCCAAAAGAAAAACCAAUCCCAACAAACCGACCUUGAAGGUGGGGAAAGUGCGUCGCUCUUGACACAGCGUAUUCAGGCUGUCAAGGCAGACGUGCUUUCAACGUUGAAGCAGGUUGUCGACGUUGUAUCGAAGUAUGCUGGAGGAGCGUUGCCAGAAAACGCCCGUCAUCUCGUACGACGACACUUGACAUCCUUGCCUCACCGAUUCCAAAUGGCUAGUACCUCUCAACCACCACCCGGCUCCGUCGAGGCCUCUUCAGAUGCGACUGUCGGUGCGCACCGAAUCCUCGUCUUGGCCAACGAAAGCUUGGAUAUUUUGGGCCAGGUCAGCGGUGUAGUCAACGAUACCCUUGUUAGUGCCGAGCACUGGUGCGAGCGGCUUGGGCGCAAGCGCCCCGAUAACAAAUCCGCGCAGGAUGCGGAGAAACAGAAUCCAUCUGCGACACCGGACGCUCAACCGUACGGAAUGGAUAUCAAGCAGCCUCUGGGAGAGGGUGCUCCUGGAGACGUGCAGAUGGCUGGAACUGAGAAAGUUUGA